UGAAUAUUAAAUUUAUUUUUAUUCUGAACUUAUUUCAGUUCGAUUGUCGCUUCUCAAGAUCAUUGACUUUGUCCUGUCAGUCUAGACGGUAGUGGCAAUUAGUUCACACGUAUUUUUAGUUGCGAAAUAAUUUUAUCAUUUAUAAUAACAUUGCAAGAAUACCGAAGCUGUGCUUAAGCCAAGGUGAAAAGUAAUGAAGUGGAUCCACGCAAAAGACGGCCAUGCGCCGCUAGGUGCGUUGAUGGCAGGAUUCACUGCUUUUGGGGAACCUAUUUUCAUAGCAAGGGCCAGACAUGAACGCGCUCUGAUUCCAGGAAAACUUAUCCACUCCCACGGCUGCGCCUACGUUUCAUGGGGCGGUCUGGAAUUCAAAAAAUACGAAUAUGAGGUGUUGAUGGAUGAAAAAAAACAAUGGAUAGCUACCAGCGGUAAUAAAAUCCCCUUAAAUGCAUAUCCCGGAGGAAAGACUGAAAAUCACGAAGUGUUAUUUAUUGGCCGAGUAGUCGGUUACAAGGGAGAAACAACACCCGGAAAAGUUCAAGCAUCGCAAAAAGUUUUAUAUAUUCCUUGGGGUGGAAAAGAAAUAUCUUUUAGUGACUACGAAAUCCUUUGUCGUUGAGUCUUAAAAUUAUUCUUUAAUAACUAAACAACAAUUUUUUUGUUAUUGAAUUUUGAGCAACGUUUAACCAAAACAACAAACAACUUCCGUGUAAUCUUUGUAAAAAAAUAAUAAAAAUU